UCCUGUUUUGUCCCUCAUCUAACGCACGGUUUUCAGCCUUUUAAAAGAUGCUACAGGAAUUGUCGAUUUUGCCCCUCUGUGCAAUGAGCCUACAUACGGAAAGGUGCUCGAACCUUCUCUCAUUUUCUUCCGUUGCUUUUUCCUUUCGCCUGCUCUCUGUUUUUCUGCUUUUCUCCCUAUUCGAUCUUCGUGUUUCCUUGCUUCUCUGUUUGUGUUCAUCGUCUGCCGUUUGAAAAGGUGGUUUUUCUGGCUGAUUGCGGUGUUUCAGAUAUACUGCUCUAUCAAUUUUAGGGUUUCUCUGUGCAAUCUUGGAAGCCCUUUUCGAUUAAGGAAAUACUGAUCUAUCAAUUUUAGGGUUUCUCUGUGCAAUCUUGGAAACCCUUUUCGAUUAAGAUUAAUUUUGGUUUGAAAAAAAAAAAAAUCUUUGCUGCAUCUCAGUUCCUAUUGUAAUUUUAACUGCCAAGUUAGCUUUCAGCUGUCAAGUUUACAGACAAUUGAUUGUGUUUUUUCCACUCAGCGUGGAUAAGACAAGUAAAAAGUGACACUCCCAUUGAAAACUUAUAUGCAAAAUAAAUUUUGAUCUGUGGUUGCAUGGUGCAUUGCUGCAUAGUUUCACAACUGAACUAUAAGAAAUUGACUAUCGUGUUUUCUAAAAUUUCAACUGUUUAAGAAAUCACAAGAGAGUUUGAUAAUAAGCCAAGAUUCAAACCUGAAGAUAGGCCUGAUAUAAUUUCUAGAAUCUUCAAAAUGAAGCUUGAUCAUAUGAUUGAUUUCAUCAAGUCCGGGAAGCCUUUUGGAGAAAUUCAAGCAAAUGUUUGCACAGUUGAGUUUCAAAAAAGAGGUUUACCUCAUUCUCAUAUGUUAAUAUGGCUGAAACCAAAUGUGAAAUGUUUUUCCGCAUCAGAUAUAGACUCAAUUAUUUCAGCUGAAUUACCUGAUAAAAAUUUGCAUCCACAACUUUAUGAAAUCGUUAAUCAAUUUAUGAUUCAUGGUCCAUGUGGUUGUAUUAAUCCAAAAUCACCUUGCAUGCAAGAAAAUAAAUGUUCUAAAAACUUUCCUAAGCCAUAUAAAAGCGAAACAAUUUUUGACACAAAUGGUUUUGCUGUUUAUAAACGUCGUGAAGAUGAAGAAAAAUUUGUGAUUAAAAACGGUAUAAAAGUUGAUAAUAGUUUUGUUGUUCCUUACAAUGCAGAGUUAUUACUAAAAUAUAAUGCACAUAUAAAUGUUGAAUCAUGUUGUCAAUCAAUGCUUAUAAAAUAUUUAUUCAAAUAUGUAAAUAAAGGUUCAGAUAGAGCACGAUUAGUUCUUCAACAAAAUUUGAAUGAUGAGAUUUUAGCAUACCUCAAUUGUAGAUAUAUAUCACCUUAUGAGGCUGUUUGGAGACUAUUUCAAUAUUUCAUACAUCAUAGAGAGCCUUCUGUAGAGCGAUUACCAGUUCAUUUACCAUUAGAACAAAAUAUUGUUUUUACUGCUGAUCAAUCAUUACAGUCAAUUAUUAAUCAAAAAGCUUUUGAAAACACAAUGUUAACGAGUUGGUUCGAAUUGAACAAAAUUUUUCCUGACGCGCGUGCACUAACUUAUGCACAAAUUCCCACAAAAUUUUUGUAUGAUCUAAAGAAAAAAACUUGGAAGCCAAGAAAAUAUAGAGCAUCAAUUGGUAGAAUAGCAUAUGUACAUCCUGCAUCUGGCGAAUUAUAUUAUUUACGAAUGCUUUUGAAUUUAAAAAAAGGCGCCAUUAGUUUUGAGGAUUUAAAAACAGUUAAUGGUGUUGUACAUUCUUCCUACCAUUCUGCAUGCAAAUCAUUAGGACUAUUAUGCGAUGAUAAAGAAUGGAUUGAGGCUUUAUCAAGUGCUGCACAUAUUGCAUCGUCUACUCAAUUGAGACAAUUGUUUGUCACAAUAAUUUUAUUUUGUGAUGUAGCAAAUCCUCAAAAUCUUUUUUAUAGUCAUUGGCAAAACAUGUAUGAUGAUAUUUUAUACAAAUUGCGAAAAAUUUUUGCAAUUCCAAAUAUGAUUGUGCCAGAACAUGAAUUAAAAAAUUCAGUGCUAUUUGAAUUAGAAUUACUUCUUAAUAAUGCAUCUACCUCUUUGAAAAAAUAUCAUCUUCCCAUGCCUGAUGCACAAAAAAUGUUAGAAAUUCAAAAUAGGCUUUUGAGAGAAGAAUUAAAUUAUGAUUGUGAAGAACUUUAUAAAAAACAUGCACUUUUGAAAUCACAACUUAACCAAGGUCAAAAACAUGUUUAUGAUUGUGUUAUAAAUGCUGUAAAUGCAAAAAAAGGAGGUCUAUUCUUUGUUUAUGGUCAUGGAGGCACUGGAAAAACUUUUUUAUGGGAUACAAUUACAAGUAAGCUUAGAUCAGAAGGUAAAAUUGUUCUAGCUGUUGCAUCAUCAGGAAUAGCAUCAUUAUUAUUACCAGGUGGUAGAACAGCCCAUUCUAGAUUUAAAAUCCCUUUGAUUAUUACUGAUUCUUCAAUUUGUUCAAUAAAGAAAAAAACUCAUCUUGCAGGAUUAAUUGAAAAAACAGAUUUAAUUAUAUGGGAUGAAGCACCUAUGAAUCAUAAAUAUUGUUUUGAAGCAUUGGAUAAAUCGCUUUCGGAUAUUUUAUCAAAUUCACAAGCUUUCGAUAAAAAUCUCCCAUUUGGUGGAAAAACUCUUUUAUUGGGUGGUGAUUUUCGACAAAUAUUACCUGUUAUUCCUGAAGGAACUAAAGAGGAUAUAAUAAAUGCUUCAUUGAAUAGUUCUUAUUUAUGGCCAUAUUUUAAAAUUUUUCAUUUGAAAGAAAAUAUGAGAUUGUCAAAAAAUGGAUUGAGUAGUGAAGAAAAAAAUAAAAUUAGUUCGUUUGCAAAUUGGAUUCUACAAAUUGGUGAUGGACAAAUUAAUGAUACAAACAAUGUGAAUAAUUCAAAUGAUAGGGAUACAUCUUUGAUUCAAAUACCACAAGAUUUGAUAAUUGAUUGUUCUACAAAUGCUGUCCAUUCAAUUUUUUCUGCAACAUACCCGAGUUUUGAAACUUUUUUUUACAAUUUUGCUUAUUUAAGGGAAAGAGCUAUUAUAACACCUCGAAAUACAACUGUUACAGAUGUGAAUAAUUAUAUAGUUAAUUUAUUACCUGGACAACAACAAACAUUUUUGAGUUAUGAUUCUUUAUGUUCUUCAAAUGCAAAUGUUGAAAAUCUUGAAAUAAUGUACCCGACUGAAUUUUUAAACAAGCUUGAAUUCAAUGGUUUACCUGCACAUAAUUUGGUAUUAAAAAUAGGAAUGCCUAUUAUGCUACUACGAAAAUUAAAUCAGUCUUCAGGUUUGUGUAAUGGAACUAGAUUAGUUGUUACUCAAUUAUUUGAUAGAAUUAUUGAAGCUAAAAUUCUUGCUGGCACUAAUAUUGGUCAUAAAGUUUUCAUACCAAGAAUCACUCUUACAGCUACAGAAAAUAAGUGGCCUUUCAUCUUCAAAAGACGUCAAUUCCCAAUUAGAGCAUGUUAUGCAAUGACAAUCAAUAAAAGUCAAGGACAAUCUCUUAAACAAGUUGGUUUAUAUCUUCCAGAACCUGUUUUUACACAUGGUCAAUUAUAUGUAGCAUUAUCAAGAGUGACAUCAAGAGAAGGUUUAAAAAUUUUAAUAGAAAAUGUAGAAAGUAGUGUUAAAAACUGUACUUUGAAUAUUGUUUUUAAAGAUGUGUUACAAAAUUUACAAGAAAAUUAACCUAGCUCAGAAACUCUAAAUCUCUCACUUUCUCAUCUCUCAAAUCACUUCUCUCUCUUCCAUCUUUCCCAAUGUCUCUGUCUCUCGGCUCUCUUGCUCAAUCUAUGUCGACUGAAAUUUCAAGAAAUACUGAGAUGGAAUAGGUUGCAGAAAAUUGCGAGGUAAAAAUUCCAUUAUGAGUUCUCCGCCCGAUUUGAGGUUUUGCAUCAUUGGAACAUCAGGCCUAUGUCAUUGCUUAACCUAAGGAAGGAAAAAAAAAUUGCUAAUUCAGCAAGGAGCUUACAGUGCUGACAAAUACAUUUUCAAACAAUGAAGAGGCAAACAUUCAAAGGUAUGUAAAAUUAAUUAAGGGCAAAUACAUUUUCAAAGAUUGAAGAGGCAAACAUUCAAAGGUACGUAAAAUUAAUUAAUACUUCAUUAAUUUUGUUUUAUUAACGUUUUACGUUUAACUACAAUUUUUACUAAGCUUUCUCUUCAGGGGAAUUAGCUAUUACUAAUAUAUAUAUAUAAACUAUCUUUUUUUCACAUGAUCUAAAUACAUGACAAAUUACCUGCUUGCAUAUUGAAAGGUUAAAUUGAAUAUCCAAAAGUAUAAAAGUAGACAUUUGCACUAGAGAUAUACCAUGUCCACAUAUUUUAAUGUAAUAUGUUCCUUCACAGAUUUACAAAUAUAUGGACAAGAUUUAUCUUUAGUGGAAGGAUGUUUGUUUAUACUUCUGAAUGUUAGCCUUAAACCUUUCACUAGACAAACAAAUAAUUAGCCAUGUAUUGACAAAAAGUUAGAAGAAGAAAGUAUCUAUAUAAAUUGGUAAUAGUUAAUUCCUCUGAAGAGAAAAGACGGAAAUGAUGAUUCUUACUCCAUAUAAUUAAACCCAAGUUUACCAAUUUGCAUAAAUCUGAUCCGUCAUUUAACUUUGUUUUAAAAAUUAUAAUAUUGCCAAAUAAACUGCUAUUUAAUCAUAGCAUGAUUUUCAAUACUUUUCUAACUCUUAUAUAGCACUAUCACUAAAUAUAUUUUAUUCCAUAAGACACCAAUUUCCAUUUUGUUGUAAUAAAUUGCAACAAACUUAUCUUUUCUGAAACGUUAUUCAAAUUCUCAUCCUUGGUAUGUAUUCAAUUUCACUUACUCUUUAUUUCUCAAUACAUUUAUUUGUAUAAAUUAAUAUAACAUUAACCACAACGAAACAACUUACAAAUUAUGCUCAAUCUAUUUUUAAUAAUUUUUUGUUAUUGUUAUUACCUACAAACUUUCUUAUCCCGCAGCAACGCGCGGGCACCACUUCCUAGUUUAACCUAAAAAAAAAAUAUUCAACAUAAUCAAGAAUGAACAAAAUGGACAGAUGAGUAAAAGGUGUCGGUAAGAUAAGCAGUUCGACUUUUAUAUACAUUCAAUCAAGCUGAUUACAAAAGGUAUAGUUGCAAAAAAAUGCUCUGUUUCCUUGAGAAACAGAAGUAACAUGCAUUUAACACUUAUAUUGCCCUUCAAGUUAAGACGGCAAAAUAUAUGUCCUACAGGCCAGACACGUGUUUUAACAGCUAAACAAAAAAGCAAAAAAAGUGUGUUGUUCUUGUUUCAACAGCUAAUCUUUCAAGCACUAAUGUUCA